AUGAAACUUUCUCUUUUCAUUUUUCUCGGAAUCACAAGAGGAGCUUUUAUCGGGAAAGAUGAAGCAACGGGCUUUUUGAAGAGUAGAACUAGAAGAGCAAACAGUUGGCACAGCUGGGAAGAAACCAAAGACGGCAACUUGGAGCGCGAAUGCAUCGAAGAAACCUGCGAUGACGAGGAGCUCUUUGAAGUGUACGACAACCAGGAGCUCUUCCAAGUCGAGAAAAGACAAAUGGACCGCUGCCAGAAGAUCCUGGAAAAGAUCGACGAAUAUGCUCAGAAAUUCAACACCGACGAUGAGGAAAAUGGAAUCGACAGCGAAGCGGAGAAGAAUAUCUUGCGAAAAUGCCUUGUUACUCAAGAAUCAGAUGUAGCGCUCCUCGCUGAAGGAAUGCGAGUGAGCAUGAGUGACGCUGACUUCCGGAAGUGGGUCGGAGAAUGUCUCUCAACUUUUGCGAAUGGAGUGGCCGGAACGACUCAAGAAUUGCUCGGAAAGAUUUCUGAAGGGCUCAAAGAAAUUGAUUGGGAACGAUUUGUGACCGAUGCGAAGGACUUUGGAGCUCAGGUCAUCAACGGAAUCCGAGAAUUUGGAAGCGACAACUGA